AUCAUCCCGUCCUUUGCACCUCAGAUUGGAAUCGGACGAGUCCUUCCUGCAUCAAGGACACCCAUCCCAUCUUACGAUCUAGGUCCAUCCCGUUGGCUUGUCCACCACACCCUCAGGGAAGAUGGACGUCAUCAACAUGGAUCGCUGCCCCGUCUAUGCCUCCUUCUUCGGAGCGCUCGGGUGCGCCAUCUCCAUCAUCUUCACCGUCAUCGGCGCCUCCUAUGGCACGGCCAAGUCCAGUGGCGCUAUCUUCUCCUCGGGCAUCAUCCGGCCCGAUAGGCUGAUGCAGAACACCCUCUGCGCCAUCAUGGCCCAAAUCCUCUCCAUCUACGGCCUCGUCGUCAGCGUCAUCAUCUCGGGCAGCCUCGUCGAGCGGAUGGCCCUGCACACGGGCUUCCUGCAGCUCGGCGCGGGGCUGAGCGUCGGGCUCUGCGGCCUCGCGGCUGGGUUCGCCAUUGGCAUUGUCGGCGAUGCCGGAGGUGC